UACAGAUUCUCCAAUGAGUCCAUCAUUGCAGAUCAUGCAUUCUGUCAUAGCUGUUGCUCCUAAAGCACUUACUGAUCUAGGAUGCAAGAUGCAUAGAAGUGGCAACAAAAUAUAUAUGUGUCAGGGCGGAUCAAUUGAAAGAAUCAGUAGACAAUUCCAGAAGGUCCAACUUUCAGCUUCAUCUUAUGACACUGCAUGGGUAGCUAUGGUUCCUUCUCCAACUUCUCCUAACCAUCCAUGCUUUCCACAAUUCCUUGAUUGGAUAAUAAAGCAUCAACAUUCUGAUGGAUCAUGGAGACUUAAUCAUUUCCAAUCCUUUCUUAUUAAAGACUACUUGUCUUCGACAUUAGCUUGUAUAAUUGCCCUGGAACGCUGGAAAGUUGGUCAGGAACAAGUCAGGAAGGGUCUCAACUUUAUUAGGAGUAAUUUUUCGUCCAUUUUGGACGAGCGCUUGCAGUCACCAAUUGGCUUCGAUAUUGUAUUUCCAAGCAUGCUUAAAUAUGCCAUCGACAUUGGUUUAGAUGUUCCUAUAGAACAUCAUGAGAUAGAUAACAUGCUUCGCCGGCAAAAUACAGAACUACACAGAAACUGGUUGCUCGAGGAGGAAGAAAUCCAUUCAGAUGUAGCCACAUGUGCCAUGGCUUUUCGUCUUCUUCGAUUGAAUGGAUACGAUGUAUCUUCAGAUUGCUUAAGUCGGCUCGUAGAUGAGGACUAUUUUAACAAUGCAUUGCAAGGAUAUAAGGAUGUGAACACUGUAUUGGAAUUGUACAAGACAUCACAAAUCAAAAUAUUUCCCAACGAGCAAGGUUUAGACAAAUUAGCAUCCUGGUCAAGAAUGUUUCUGAAAGAAGUAUUAAGCACCAACCGAAAUCUCGGACACCAGAUUGAUUUAAAAGAGGUUGAUUACGCUCUAAAGUUUCCAAUUUGGUCCAAUGUGGAACGUUUAGAGCAUAAAAGUACCAUUGAGAACUUCACUCAUGGCAACUCACAUGCUCUCAAAACUUCAUGCGAGCGUUAUAGCAUAAAGGAUAGUGAUCUAGUGAGAUUGGCAUUGGAUUCCUUCCGAACUUCUCAGCGAACAUAUCAAGAAGAACUCCAAAUUCUCGACAAUUGGGUGCAAGAUAGCAAACUAGAUCAACUGGAAUUUGCCAGGCAAAAGCAGACUUUUUGCUAUUUUUCCGCUGCUGCAAUACUUUUCUCUCCUGGAAUGAGCGAUGCUCGCAUAUCAUAUGCCAAAAGCAGUGUCCUUGCCACUGUGGUCGAUGACUUCUUUGACAACGGGGAAUCUGUAGAGGAGCUUCAAGAUCUUAUUUCAUUGGUGGAGAAGUGGGAUGCAAAUUGGGAAAAGGAGACGCAUUCUGAACAAGUUAACAUCAUUUUUUCUGCUCUGUUCCACACAAUCAAUGAGCUUGGGACCAAGGCAUCAAUAUUGCAGAAGCGAGCUAUCACCCACCAUUUAGUUGAGGCAUGGCUUAGAUUGAUGAAUUGCAUGAUGAAAGAGGCAGAGUGCCGGAUAACCAAGGAAGUUCCUUCGCUGGAUGAGUACAUGAAGAAUGGGUUCGUCUCCUUUGCCCUCGAACCAGUUAUUCUCCCAGCACUCUAUUUCCUUGUUCCGGAACUUCCUGAAGGUGCCUUCAGAAAUACAGAAUACGAGAAUUUGUUCCGAUUAGUGAGCAUAUGUGGGCGUCUGCUCAACGACGUGCAAGGCUUCCAAAGAGAAUGUGAAGAAGGGAAGGUGAAUGCCGUAUCACUACGCGUUCUCCACAGUGCCGGUUCGACGUCCGAAGAAGAAGCAAAGCAGCAGAUACAAGGGGAAAUAGAGUCCGCCAGGACCGAGCUCUUGAGAAUGGUGGUGCAACAAGAGGGGAGCGUCGUUCCCAGGCCUUGCAAGGAUCUCUUCUGGAAGACGUGCAAAAUACUGCACCUCUUCUACAUGAACAACGACGGGUUUACCUCGCCGAAAGAGAUGGUGAGGACGGUCGACGCAGUCAUUCAUGAACCCAUAAAAACCAAGCUGAAAUCACCGUGGCUAAGAAGCCUAUUUAUUCAUAUUAAUAUAUAAAAAUAUUAUAAUAAAUAUAAUGAUGAUAAAAAAUAUGUCAGGUCAUCUUAGUCAUUAUAGGAAAAAUGUGGUUGUAAUUACAAUUAAGACGAUAAACAAGUGAACCUGAGUUAUAUUUUAUGA